AUGAUGCCAUUUAAAUUAAAUGUAGAAACUCGCUGUUCGGAGGUUAAAGGCAAAAUCAAAGAAGAUUUAUUGAAUCAGACAGAAUUGAAGAAAAUCAAACUUAUUGUAGCAAAAUUAAAAACACGCUACAAUCGAAGUCAAUAUAGCUGUAGGACGAUGGAUGAAUCAACAGAUUCGUCAGAAAGCGGUUCAACGUUUACACUAUCAUCGUCUAUUAUAUCGAAUGAAGAUGAGAAAAAGAAAUUUGGCGUAACGACAGCUGCAUUGUUUAUCGUUGGAACAAUGUGUGGAACAGGAGUCCUGACUAUUCCACAAGCCAUAGUGAAUAGUGGAUACAUUGGUCCAGUCCUUAUCAUUGUGUGCGGCACAGUAGCUUCAUACACAGGAACUCUUCUCAGUGAAUGUUGGACCAUACUACGAGCUCGAUAUCCAGAAUAUGAAAGUGAAAGAAUUACCGACCCAUAUCCAACCAUAGCUCACAGAGCUGGAGGACGGUUCGCUGAAGUUGGUACCAGAGUCUGUAUCGAUUUUACCAUGUUUGGAACAGAAGUAGUACUCCUUCUUCUGAUAUCAGGCAAUAUAUUCAAUUUAAUUACCAACCUAGGACAUGAUAGUUUUCCUCUUUGUUAUAUUGUGAUGAUCACCACAGGAUGUCUGAUACCUCUUUCGUGGUUGGGCACACCAAAGGAUUUUUGGCAAGCCGGAAUUAUUGCCGCGUGCACAAGUAUCGGGGCUGCCUUCUUUGUAUUCGGUAGUAUGAUUAAAGCAACUUCAAAUCAUCCUCAACCCGAACGUGCAGAACCUGAAUGGUCAAUAUUUCUCAGUUCUUUAGGGACAAUACUUUUUGCAUUCGGAGGUGCUGGUUGCUUUCCAACAAUUCAACUUGAUAUGAAACAUCCCAAUAAGUUUUCAACAUCUGUGGUAAUGGGAAUUUCAACUGUUAUCUCGGUGUAUCUUCUUGUCGGAGUCACAGGUCUCGUCGUUCUCGGCGAAAACAUGAAACCAAAUGUUCUCGAUGCUCUUCCUGCCGGGUGGAUGUCAUACACGGUUAAUAUUUUAGUGACGUCGCAUUUUCUCAUGGCUUAUCUCAUUUUUAAUAACCCGGUCAGUCAAGAUAUUGAAGGAAUCCUCGGGAUACCAAACAAAUUUUGUUUUAGAAGAGUCUUGUUUCGGACAACUUUCGCCGGUGCUGUCUUGUUUGUGGCGUUGUCAGUUCCCCACUUCGACAUAAUACUUUCAUUAUUGGGUGGGACCACAAUCGUUUUAAUUUGUUUCAUUUUCCCACCGGUAUUUUAUUUGUUGUUGUCAAGGCAGCGUAUUCCGUCCGAUGCCCACGGCCCCCUACCCUGCCACUUAAUACGAGGGAAAGAAUCGCGAAGAAGGUCAAACUCUUUAGUUGUUGGAUCAGAAGUUUCUCCCAAAGAAGAUAUUACAAAGCAUACAAGUUGGAUUCAAGUUGAUGUUGAAUUACACACUAAAGUUAUUUUAAUGGAAAUCAUAAUAUUUAGUUUUGUCGGAGGUGCAUGUUCAACCUAUUUUUCAAUUGCCUCCCUUGUUAAUGGACAGUCAGGAUUUACUGCACCGUGUUAUAUUAAUAUCAGUGUUGGACUUUAAAUAAAUACUAUUUUGCACUUUAUAGCCAAAUACAAAGUUUUCCAUUAUUUCUUAAUCAUUUUAUUGUCAUUCUUGUUACU